AUGCUUUCACGCCACAGAUCCGAGUCGCGAACAAGCAACGUGUCCAAGAAGCGCACCGAUGCUCACAAGCCUCGCCUUCGGCCGGAUCCUGAGCGGAAGAUGCUGGCCAUGCAUCAGGUUGCCCAGUACUGGAACGAGUGCAUUCAAAUUGCAGAGGACGAGAGGAAUCAAGCCAACUGGGAAAUCGAGCGUCUUCAACGUCGUCUCCAACGUCAGGACCUGAUGUUGUCCGAGUCCCGCUCCCUGCUCAAGAAGAAGGAGUGUGAGUUGGAGGAUGCUGAGCGUCACUGCCAUCAACUUGAGGAAAAUUAUUCGCACAGGACCAGCGAGAACCAGCGCUUGAGUGGCGAGGUUGAAACGCUUCGCAGCCAGCUUUUCGAGUCUCAAACGCGAGCGACCGAGCUUCGGGACAAACAGCGCCAGAUUCGAGACAAGCUCAACGAAGCGAUUCACGAACAGCAAGAUCUGUACAAGAGAUCUCAGACCUUUUACGAAGACUCAAUGAGCGAACUGAGAAAGGAAAACGAGAAACGCGUUGCCGAAUCCACCAAAGUUGAUGAGGCUCUCGAGAAGGGCCGUCAGAAGCGGGAGGAAAUGAUGCGAUGCCUUCAAGAGCUUCGUGACAAGAUGGACCGGGAGAACAGACUGAAGGAGGAGACCAUCAGCGAGCUUCGGCGCAGGGUUCAGGAACAAGAAGACAACAUCCGCCACGAGAGAGAAGUGACGGAGAGCUUACGUCGGCAAAUCGAAUUGCAAGAAGUGACGCAGCACACGAUUGAGGAUAUGGCUUCUCAAAUGGAGUCUCUCCUCAAAGAUUGCACCGAGAAAACCCUCAAUGAGCAAAGAAUACAAGGCAUUGGCGAUGCCAUUUCUACUCAGGUCGUUUCCUCCAUUGCCGAUGUAGCUUGCAAUCAGGAGCGCGCAGAGCAAAGGAUUACGGGGUUCGGCUUCGCGUGCGGAAGGGAACUCAGCGACAUCAAACGCCUUCUUGGGGACCAAGACGACAAUCGCGCAGCAUCUCAGGCACUAGAGGAAGAGGGUAAACACCAAAUUCGAGAUGCUCUUGAAAAUCUAGAGUCUCGCAUGCGGACAGCUCUGGACACAUUCCAGCGAAUCGAGCAGUUUCUGGAGGAGCGCUUCCAACAGGAGUUUCAGUUUCGCGAAGACGAGAUCCAAAGGAGGCAAGCUGAUCUUGACACGAAGCUCGCCGGGCGCGAUGAGAGAGUCGGCCACCUGGAACAACAGCUUCAACUGACCUCGGAGGCCUAUGCGGCAAAGGUUGAAGCCCUGGCAAACAAUCGAGCUUCUAGCGACGAAGAUGUUCAGAACGCCUUGCACAAAGUUUUUACUGAAUUUCGAAGCAAUCUGGAUGAGGGGUUCUUUCAGGAGAAGGAGAGGUCUGAAGAGCAUCUUCGACAAAACCAGACGGCCUUGGCCGCGUUGGAGAGUCAGCUCAGAGCAGUGAACGACCAUCUGACGGUAGCCAAAGGAAACGGCUCGCAAAAUGGCGCCGAGAGCAGUGUGCACGAUGGCAAUGCUUUGGUUUCCAAACUUCAACGCCAGGUCCGAGACCUCGAAAAGCAGGCCAAAGCAACUGAGGAGCUUCGCGGGAGAUGGCAGAGAGACAUCCAAACCGUCGACGCAUUGCGUGGCCAGCUGAGAGAGAUCCAACAUCGAGUGCCACAGAUGGAGAGGUUUGACAUGACGCUUGGCAAGAUGGCUCGAAUGAACGAAAUCCUGCACUCAACAGCGCAAUACCUGACUCACGAACGACAUUGGGCGCUACAGCAUCUCGAGAAGGCGGAAGCCGCAGACGGUAGCCGUGAUGACCACUCAGCGGACGAAGCGGACGCGCAGUCUCAAGGAAGGCAACAUCCUACCAAUGACCGGCUUGUCACGAGCAUCGAGAUCGAAUCUUUGACGACCCAGGGAAACCCGGACGCAGGCCUGGACGACGAUUGUGACCUGGAAGAGGCACCCUUCUUCAGACGCAAGGUUACCGUUUACAGCCCGGCCGGAGAAGUCCUCUCGCCCUCGCCUCCUCCUUCAGUCCACCAGGAACAAAUGCGGCGACGUGGUGCCGCGCAGCCGCGAUCGAUUUUGAAGCUGUCUGCAACGUCCUCGCAAGAUGCGAUCAGACUACAGGAGCAAGCCACCAGGAUCAAUCUCCAUCAGAGUCAGUACAAUCGACCAGUCGUGGGCAGAGACAGGGUAGCGGCGGCCAGUGCAGUGGUGGAGCAGAUCCGGGCAGAACUCGUGCCCAGUGAACGGUCACACCUGGCCUGGAGUCUCCCUACCGUUGCCGACUUUGAAAGAGACGGCCGGUUCGCGUGCAUGAACGAAAGCCAGAAGUCGGCCGAUAUGGCCAAGCGUCGUCUGCAAGGUACGGAUGACGCUCCAAGCGUGGGUGGCAAGAGGGCCAAGCUCGACGCGGAUGCUUCCGUGAUGGGAAGCAGUGUCCAAGCCGGGGAUGACGCUCCUCAGCAUGAAACGCAUGUUGAGUGA